CAGUACCUGGUCGUACCUUCUUACUGGGGCUCAUCCUCGUGAUUUUAGUUUGGCAACCAAGCCCCUCUUCAUUUUCAUUUUAUAAUUUUACGGAUAACUUUUUAAAGGAACGUCAAAUGAAAGUAACUCCGAUGUCUUUCAGUCUGUGUGCCUGAAGAAGACACUUCGACAGGGGGACUUGUGAAUACUCACCAAGAAUCUCGAAUUAAUAUUUCAUAUUGUAUAAUAAUGACUUUUCCAAGAAACUUGACUAAUUUUUUAACAGUUAGCUGUUUGGUGCUGCUAUGCCUCCUUCAUGCCUCAGCAGCUCAAACCAUUCGAUUAAGAAGCUCAACGGGAGGGGUUGGCGGUUAUAGAGGUAGGGUAGAGAUUCUACACAAUAACACCUGGGGAACGAUCUGUGAUGAUCAUUUCGACAGAAAUGCCGCUGUGGUGGUGUGUAAAAUGUUGCGAUUGUACACAAGUAACAGUUUUGUGGUGGCCAGAUCCUCGGCUUAUUUUGGCCAGGGAACGGGCCCAAUUUGGUUGGAUGACGUGACAUGUCUGGGCACUGAGAACUCUCUACUGAACUGUCAGCUCAAACCGUGGGGCGUGCAGAACUGUGAUCACAGGGAAGAUGUCGGAGUGGACUGUAAUGCAGCUCAGGUUGCCAAUAUCCCUUUACGAGUGGUGAACGGCUCUAGUGUUAACGCUUACAGCGGCCGAGUAGAAAUCCAAGUCAACAACACGUGGGGUACUAUCUGUGAUGAUGAAUGGAACGACAAGUCAGCCAGGGUUGUCUGUAACAAUCUGGGGCAACAAAGCGCCACUGCCGUGCCUGUUGGAAAUGCCCUCUUUGGUUCAGGACCAGGUCCCAUUUUAUUGGAUGAUGUGAAGUGUUUAGGUAACGAGACGGGACUUGGAGCUUGUGAUCACAAACCUUUCGGAACCAAUAACUGUGACCACUCAGAAGAUGCUGGGGUUCUCUGUCUUACUGGCCCAUCAAACGUACAAUUAAGGCUCGCUGGGGGACUUAAUAAAAAUCAAGGCAGAGUAGAAAUCCAGGUUUUUGGAAUCUGGGGAACUGUUUGUGAUGAUAGUUUUGACAGAAGGGAGGCCAACGUAAUUUGUCGUCAGCUUGGAUUCCCAAGGGGAGGAACAGUAUUGAGGGGGUCGACCUUUGGAGGGGGGAGGGGCCCCAUAUGGAUGGAUGACCUUGAGUGCAAUGGAAACGAGACCGCCAUACAGACAUGCACCCGCAAACCCUGGGGGGUCAACAACUGUGGACACGAUGAAGAUGUUGCUAUUUCCUGUACCCCAACCAAUGUUCCUCCCAUUCAAAUUCGACUGGCGGGGGGUCCCACCAACAGAGAAGGUCGAGUGGAGAUCCAGUACAAUAAUCAGUGGGGGACAGUUUGUGAUGACCUGUGGUCUAAUGCUGAUGCUGCUGUUGCCUGCAGGAUGCUGAAUUUACCAUUCUCUGGUGCAGUGGGAGUUGUAAAGGCUGCGUAUGGUCCCGGGUCGGGUCAGGUCCUGAUGGACGACGUCAAGUGUGUGGGGACAGAGACCACCCUGGCUAACUGUAACUUCCCAGGGUUUGGACAGAACAACUGUGAUCACACCGAAGAUGCCGGAGUCAUCUGUCAAGACACUACGGUUCAGAUGCAGAUUCGACUGGUAGAUGCCAAUGGACAGACAGGGGGAUAUCAGGGGCGUCUUGAGGUCAACAUUAACAACACCUGGGGAACUGUGUGUGAUGAUUCUUUUGGAACUCCCGAGGCUCAAGUUGUCUGUAAACAAUUGGGCUUGAAUUCGGCAAAUGCUACAGCUAAGGGUAGUGCCUUCUUUGGACAAGGAACAGGUCAGAUUUUCCUAGAUGAUGUAAACUGUGCUGGGACAGAGAAAGGUAUUCAGUUCUGUGGACACAGAGGGUACGGACAUAACAACUGUGACCAUUCUGAAGAUGUGUCUGUCAUCUGUAAAGCUGGUAUUGUACAGCCAACCAGGGCUAGAUUGGUGGGGGGAACCACACAGAAUGAAGGUCGAUUAGAGGUCUACCACCAGGGGGCUUGGGGAACGGUCUGUGACGAUUACUUUGACACCAUUGCUGCUCAAGUUGCAUGUAAAAUGAUGGGACUGCCAUGGCAAGGAGCCCAGCCAAGACCCAAAGCAUUCUUUGGAGCCGGAACGGGCCAGAUUUUGUUGGACAAUGUUAUCUGUAGAGGAAACGAAACCAAUAUUCAGUUCUGUAGACAUCGACCGUGGGGGACCUCUAACUGUCGACACAACGAAGAUGUGGGCGUGGUCUGUGGAUCUCUGACCAGAGUACCAGUUCGCCUCGUGAAUGGUACCUCCACAGCCAAUGGACGACUUGAGAUUUUCUAUAACAACACAUGGGGAACUGUGUGUGAUGAUUCUUUCAGUAAUAAUGCAGCAGCUGUAGUCUGUAAUAUGCUAGGUUUCCAGAGGGGGCGUAGUACAGCUGUAUCUAAUGCUAGAUAUGGACAAGGACCAGGACCCAUUCUAUUGGACGAUGUCAUCUGUAAAGGGACGGAGACCAGUAUCUUACAGUGUCGAAGCAAAGGAUGGUACACUAACAACUGUGAUCAUACAGAGGACGUGGGAGUUAUUUGUAAUACAGGUCAGCCAAGAUUACGUUUGGUAAAUGGAGGCAGCAGAUACAAAGGAAGAGUGGAAAUCAACAUUGCUGGAAUGUGGGGCACAAUAUGUGAUGACAAGUUUGAUUCUAAUGCAGCUAAAGUUGUGUGCAAGACUUUGGGCCUUCCAUAUCAGAAUGCCCUGCCUGCCACUGCAGCUGCCUUUGGACAAGGCACAGGAAACAUCCUACUGGAUAAUGUUGUGUGUCAAGGCAACGAAUCCUCCAUAUUGGAUUGUCGGACAAAUCCAGUCGGCACCAAUGACUGUGAGCACUCAGAGGAUGUCGGUGUCAUUUGUCAGAAUACACCACAGAAUAACAAUGUACGUGUAAGACUGACAGGGGGUCCAUCAAAUCAGGAGGGUCUUCUUCAGGUGAACUAUGCAGGCCAGUGGGGAACUGUGUGUGAUGAUGACUUCACUAAUAAUGCAGCUAAAGUUGUGUGUAAUUCCCUAGGGUUGUCAUAUAUAAAGGCUGUGGCUGUACCUGCAGCUACCUACAAAUCAUCCAACACAAACUACGGUCCUAUUUGGUUGGACGGUACCAACUGUACAGGUACAGAGUCUUCUAUUGGACUGUGUGGACACAACCCGUGGGGGACAAAUGACUGUGACCACACGGAGGAUAUUGGAGUGGCCUGUCAAACCACUCAGAUGCUGAGUAUGCAGGUCCGUCUUGUGAAUGGCACCAGUAACAGUGGCAGAGUGGAGGUCUACCAUAACAAUCAGUGGGGAACUAUCUGUGAUGACGGAUUCGGAAUUCAGGAAGCCACUGUUGUCUGCAGGUCACUGGGAAAACCCACUGGUGUGGUGGUUCCUUUGGCUAAUUCUUACUAUGGAGCCGGUUCUGGUAGUAUCUGGAUAGAUGAUAUUGACUGUGCUGGAAAUGAGACCAACCUUGGAGCCUGCAGCCACAAGCCCUGGGGGGUCAACGACUGUGACCAUACUGAGGAUGCCUCCGUCAUGUGCCUGAGUACUAAUCCUAAUCCCCCUCCUGUGACGGUGAGGCUGGUGGGGGGACUGACCCGCAGUCAGGGGAGGGUACAGGUCCGAUAUAACGGGAUUUACGGUACCAUUUGUGAUGACUCCUGGGACGACAGAGACGCCCAGGUGGUCUGUAAUAUGCUGGGCUACAGUGCAAGAGGAGCACGUGCCAUCAAUCGUAUAGGAACAGGAAGUGGCCCGAUCUGGAUGGACGACGUAGAGUGUGUAGGGACAGAGACUAACAUUGGACAGUGUACAUUUAAGGGCUGGGGAGAAAACAACUGUGACCAUUCAGAAGAUGCAGGAGUCGUAUGUGUAGACUCUUCUGUGCAGGCUCUCAGGGUUCGCCUGGUGGGGGGACCCUCUACCAUGGAGGGGAGAGUGGAGGUGAAUUAUGCCGGGACCUGGGGAACUGUGUGUGAUGACCACUGGUCUAAUGCUGAUGCUCAGGUUGUCUGCAGAAUGUUGGGUUUCUCCACGGAUGGUGCCACAGCCUAUUCUAGGGCCAGAUACGGACAGGGCUCACCCAAUCAGAAGAUUAUCCUGGAUGAUGUAGGCUGUAUUGGAACUGAGACAAACCUUGGACAGUGUAACUAUACAGGGCUGGGUCUAAGUAACUGUGACCACACAGAGGAUGCUGGUGUCAGGUGUUAUCCAGCUGGACAUGUGGUCACCAAUAACAUUCAGAUUCGUUUACGAGGUGGCAGUAACAACCAGACGGAAGGACGUGUAGAGAUUUUCUAUAACAACACCUGGGGAACUGUCUGUGAUGAUUACUUUGGAUCACAGGAAGCAGCCGUCAUCUGUAGCAUGCUGGGACAAUCUCCCAACCCUCAUUUAGGACAUGUAUGUGUACUGAGUAUCGCCCUCUGUGGUAGUCGGGGCUGGGGAGUGAACAACUGUAGACACACCGAGGAUGCUGGAGUGGUCUGUGCAGGUAGACAGAGUGUGACUCCUGUGCGAUUGGUGGGUGGAUCUAACAGAUAUGAGGGGAGAGUAGAGGUAUUUCACUCUGGACAAUGGGGCACAGUUUGUGAUGAUGUGGCAAACUAUCAUGUGGCUCAGGUUAUCUGUAACCAGCUAGGAUUCCCAAGUACAACUGCCGCAGUUAAAGGCUCCGCCUACUUUGGGGCAGGCAGGGGUCAGAUCUGGAUGGAUGACCUCCACUGUGAUGGAACUGAGCUCUCAUUGGACAAUUGUGGCUUCAGACCUUGGGGAACCAAUAACUGUGGUCACAAUGAAGAUCUGAGUGUCAUUUGUACUGCUCCUACCGUCCCACUUCGUUUAGUGGAUCCUAACGGAAAUCCCAAUCAGGGCCGAGUGGAAAUUCGAGUCAACGGAACCUGGGGUACUGUGUGUGACGACAUGUUUGAUUCCAAAGCUGCAGGUGUUGUGUGUGCCAUGGCAGGAUUUAGCAGAACUGGAGCUGUUGCUAAGACAAGGUCCUUCUUUGGGAGGGGUGCAGGACAGAUCCUCCUGGAUGAUGUACACUGUUCAGGGUCAGAGAAGACCAUCCUCCAGUGUUCCUCCAAACCCCUGGGGACCAACAACUGUGACCACGACGAAGAUGUGGGCGUCAUCUGUAAUGCUGUGAGCCUGCCUGUUCGGUUAGUGGGAGGGACCGCUAACAGCGGCCGUGUAGAGAUCCAGUAUAACAACACCUGGGGAACCGUCUGUGAUGAUUACUGGACUUCAACAGGCAUCAAGAAUGCUCAAGUUGUUUGUAAAAUGCUCGGAAAACCAUACUCCAAUGCCUAUGCCCUAAGUAGAGCCUAUUUUGGACAAGGCACAGGAACGAUCUGGUUGGACGAUUUGAAAUGUCGAGGUAAUGAGUCCAGCAUCGAUUCCUGUCCUCAUAGACCGUACGGCAGUAACAACUGUAGACACACAGAGGACGUAGGAGUUGUCUGUACUGACACUCCUAGAUCCACCACUCCAAGACCCGGCCGUGUCACCACAACCCUACCCACCCCCGCCCCAGGAACCACCUUCAUCCGACUGGUCAACGGUCAGGAUGCCUAUCAGGGCAGGGUGGAGGUUUAUGCCUUCGGUCAGUGGGGAACCAUCUGUGAUGAUGCCUUCACCAAUCAGAAUGCUGGUGUACUGUGUCAGAUGCUGGGUUACAGCAGAACUGGUGCAUCCUAUAGGGGUGCAGGAUCAUUUGGAGCAGGCACUGGUAAAAUCUGGUUGGACAACGUUAAUUGUACAGGAGGAGAGGGCUCUAUAACUCAGUGUCGCUCCAAUGGCUGGGGGGCCCACAACUGCGGACACAAUGAAGAUGUGGGCAUCAUAUGUUCUCCUACAACAUACCCUGACUACUUCUUGUUGAUGACUGAUACUAAAAAUAGAAGCAUAUACAGGAUGGACUUGAAUUCCUACAGUUAUGAAACCCUUCCACUUCAUAACCAUGACAACCCCAUCUCUAUCGACUUUGAUUCUCUGAAUCAGCAAAUCUAUUGGACAGAUGUCGGAUCCAAUCAAAUCAGAUCUGCUGGAAUUACAGGAAGUAACGAGAAGGUCGUCCGCCAGCUGGGAAACAAAGCUACUCCUGAUGGUAUAUCUGUGGACUCCGUGUCUCGCCUCGUCUUCUACACCGACACCGGUUAUAAUGUCAUCGGUCUCGUAACAAUUGAUGGUGCUUUCUCUAAAACGAUAAUUAAUAACAACCUGGAUGAACCAAGGGCCAUAGUGACCAACCCACAAACAGGAGUGUUUUACUGGACGGACUGGGGAACUAAUGCCAGGAUAGAGAGGGCUAACUACGAUGGAAGUGGACGACAGGCCGUAAUCACCACUAAUAUCAAAUGGCCUAAUGCUCUGGCUAUCGAUUUCCAAGGGAGUAAGAUGUACUGGGCGGAUGGUAGCACUAAGUUGAUAGAGAUGUCUAACUUGGACGGUAGUGGCCGUACAACGGUGUCUGACCAGUCGUCUAGCUCCGCCCACUUCUUUGGCCUGGUGCUGUAUCAGACCACAUUGUAUUACACAGACUGGAGCCAGCAUUCUGUGAUGAAAAUUUCCACAACUGGAGGUACCCCUAUACCUGUUGGACCAGCAACAUUUGGCAGGCUUAAUGAUUUACACUUCUACAGAAGUGGAGUAGGAUUUUCUGGAAGCAAUGCCUGUACUAGUGGUAAAGGAGGCUGUUCCCACAUCUGUCUGCCUGCCCCGGGUAACAUCAAGAAAUGUGCCUGUCCCGAUGGUCUCUCACUACAGCCAAAUGGGUUAUCUUGUGGAACAGCCAUCCCCUGCCAGGCACUACAGGCCCCCACCAAUGGUAUGAUAACCCCCUCCACCUGCACCACCUCUUCAGCGGCCCCUAACACUAACUGUACAGUCACCUGUAAGUCAGGCUACUCUCUGUACGGGUCCAGUCAACUCACCUGUAAUGCUAACGGUCAGUGGAGCAAUGGAGCCUCAUUCAUCAUGUGUCAAGAUACCCAGCCCCCAGUGGUGACCUGCCCAGCCAGUCAGACAGUGACAGCUGACAUGGGUAGACAGACAGCUACUGUCAGCUGGACCGUGCCUACUGCCACUGACAACUCUGGUGGUAAUGUAGCUGUCCUGCAGGAAGUGACAUCACCAGCCGUGCUGGGACCAGGGGCACACGUCAUCAAAGCCAUCGCCUUCGAUUCAGCGGGGAGGUCCAGCUCAUGUAGCUUCACAAUCACUGUUACUGUUUUGACCUGUCCUGUUUUGACCCCUCCAACAAACGGUCAGAUCAUGUCCCUCCAGUGUUCCAGGAACUACGGUUCUACGUGUCGGGUGGGCUGUAUCUCAGGAUUUAAUCUAAAGGGUAGCUCUACAGUCACAUGCCAGAAAUCAGGAAACGCUGCACAGUGGACACCGGCCACCUCAAGUCUGCAAUGUCAAGCUAUAACUUGCCCCAAGAUUCCAGUUCCACAGAAUGGUCAGAUAACAGGUUGCCAGCCCCCGUACAAGGUGGGCACUGUCUGUACCCAGGUGUGUAAUGCCUCCUAUAUCCCCUACGGUAAUAACGUCUACAGGAUCUGUCGGCCCAACGGUCUGUGGGGUGGAUCCAUGUUAACCUGUCAAACACCUAUGGCAUACAAUGGUGGGAAUGCUGGAAAGAUGGUGGGUGGUUCCAAUUCAGGAAGUGGUUCCGGUUCGGUGAACAGCAGCGCCAUCACGGCGGGAGUGGUGAUAGGAGCCGUCCUUAUCGUGAUUAUUCUAGUCGGAGCCUUCCUCUACAUUAAACGACAGCAGUUUGCAAGUUCUAAUUCAAAUAGAUCAUAUGAAUUGGGAGGUAUGUCUAAUCCCAAUUAUGCCAGUGCAGAGACAUGAAAAUAGAGAACAAUCUAAAUUGUGACUUUCAUUGAAGAAUAGCAUUGAGUUGUGCAAUACUCUAUGACUUUACUUAGUAUAAUUGUUUUUUUUUUUACCAACUUGUUGCAGUUUCAUUUCAUUCAUAUUUCAUUUGUGAGUAAAUACAUUAAUCAUUGUUAUUUAAUAGAAAUAAUCCAUUUAUCAUCUGUAAUGAAUGCAUGAUUGUUCAACACAAAUACUCAUUUGACUCUAAGAUACUCAUGUAAAGAAAUAUCUAAAAGUGUUUAUUCAAUAAAUACUAACACAGUUUUUGUGUU